CUCGUCAUGACCCAGGCCGAGCCAGAGUUGGUCCGAACUCGCGAUCGCUUAUAUACUGUCAGGAAAUUUCAUUUCCACCUUUCUCGGCAGCAAACGAAAGCUUUGGCAGCGGAGAGAUAGCAGAGUUCUCUCACCUCUCGUCUCUCUCUCUCAAAGCUUUCACCUCCCUUUCGACGAAAAACGCAGCAAUGGCUUUCUCCGAUUCCACCAAGAACUCGCUCAUCCCGAGCUUCCUCUACUCUUCUUCCUCCGUCUCCUCCAAGUCCUUCACCCUCUCCAAGCUCCUAAACUCCAGUCCCGCCGCCUCCCACCACUCCCCUUCCCUCAUGAGCAAGCCCGCCGCCGCCGGUGGCUUUGCUAUCCCCGCUCCCAGCGAGCCCGGGAAGAUCGAGAUGUACUCUCCGGCUUUCUACGCCGCCUGUACCGCCGGCGGUAUCCUCAGCUGCGGUCUCACUCACAUGGCCGUCACUCCUCUUGACCUCGUCAAGUGCAAUAUGCAGAUUGACCCUACCAAAUACAAGAGCAUCUCGUCUGGCUUCGGGGUGUUGCUCAAGGAGCAAGGUGUAAGAGGUUUCUUCAGGGGAUGGGUGCCUACUCUCCUUGGUUACAGUGCUCAGGGCGCCUGCAAGUUUGGCUUCUAUGAAUUCUUCAAGAAGUACUACUCUGAUAUUGCUGGCCCCGAGUAUUCUGCCAAGUACAAGACCUUGAUCUACCUUGCUGGUUCUGCCUCUGCUGAGGUGAUUGCUGACAUUGCUCUUUGCCCGUUUGAGGCAGUGAAGGUUAGAGUGCAGACUCAGCCUGGGUUCGCCAGAGGUCUCUCUGAUGGUCUGCCCAAGUUCGUGAGAUCUGAAGGUGCUUUGGGAUUGUACAAGGGUCUUGUUCCUCUCUGGGGACGCCAAAUUCCUUACACCAUGAUGAAGUUUGCUUCCUUCGAGAUGAUUGUGGAGCUCAUCUACAAACAUGCAAUCCCCCAGCCGAAGAGCGAAUGCAGCAAAGGACUGCAGCUUGGUGUGAGCUUUGCUGGUGGGUAUGUUGCUGGUGUUUUGUGCGCAAUUGUCUCCCAUCCAGCUGACAACCUUGUGUCUUUCCUCAACAAUGCCAAGGGAGCUACCGUUGGUGAUGCUGUGAAGAAGAUUGGGAUGGUUGGUCUGUUCACUCGUGGGCUUCCUCUGCGUAUUGUCAUGAUUGGAACUCUCACUGGAGCUCAAUGGGGUAUCUAUGAUGCAUUCAAGGUUUUCGUUGGCCUGCCAACCACUGGUGGUGUUACCCCUGCACCAGCUGCACUUCCUUCUACCGAGACUGCAGAGGCCUAGGACGAUGAAUUGAAGAUCUGAUCGAUUUUGGUUGCUUUCUGUGAAGUUUGGUAAAGAGCUAUAGGACAAAUAAGCGGGAACUAGAAGGUGGAUUCAUAGCCUUAAAUGACACUGUUGAAGAUUUACUCCCUUUUGUUGGGUAAGAUACCCAGACGUUAUAAGCCAUUUUUGUCGAAGUUGACUAUUCUAGGUUUUGGAUUUUGAGGGCGGGGGAUGUUUCUGCGUCCCUUGGGAAAUUUGAUGCAGACAAAUGCAUUUAUUUGGUUAGUAAAAAGAAAAGGGUAACCUUGGCUACAAUUGGUGUGACUAGGAUGCGUUUGCACAGCACAAUUUUAUUCAAUUCAAAUGGUAGCUUACUGCGCUUAUGCAAUGUGAUUCC